CCCUUUUCCACAGGUGGAUUCUCACACGCAGGUGUAGCUGCCCACUUCAACAGGAGACGAGGAGCGGAAAGGUUCUUCUUCUUCUUCUUCUUGUAGUAACGUUUAUCCUUUUGCGGUUAGCUGCGGUGUCGCUCAAGAAGGAUUUCUCUCUUUUUUCGUUUUGCUUUAUUUCCGGUCUUGAAUUUCUUCUGUUUUGGUUUUCACAAGCGACUGAUGGACAGGGCAUCCUGCUAGGGGCCACCUAGCGCCAUGUCCCACCUAACAAGCCCGCGAGCAACAGUCAGAUAACAAAUAACUGGACUCAUUUAGUGGACCGACAGGCAGGCAGGUGCACAGCCUCCUCUGGUGAUGGCCUUCUUUAGGCAGCUGCAACUUCUUCUGUGGAAGAAUGGGCUGGCAGUCAUCAGGCAGCCCCUUUGGUCCCUGACUCUGAUCAUCUGGCCUCUGAUCAUCUUCAUCAUCAUUGCUGUGACCCGUAACCAGUUCCCCCCGAUAGUGAAAGAAACAUGUUACGUGGAACCUCGAAACCUCCCCAGCACAGGCUUCUUCCCUUUCCUGCAAACCCUCAUGUGCAACACGGACAGUAACUGUCAUAACAAAUCACGCCUGGCGGACCCAACAGCGUCAAAGGCAUCUCAGACGGGGAAUGCAAGGUCGAUUCAACUGAGCGGUUCCCCGCUGGCAAGUCUGAUUCAGGGGGAUUUCAGAUUGGCUUUGCCCAGUGACUCCAGAAAUGAUCCUGCCGAACUGGUUGAGCUCUUGAACAACAUUAUAGGCCCGUCUUACCAUGGAAGUUCUAAUAACAUCUCUUUCAUGAACACCAACAGCACUGCUUCUCUGGGAGAUCAGGAGUUGUUGGUGUCAGUGUUGAAAAGGGCCAUCUGCACCAUGAUGCUGCCCAUGAUCAACACAACCUCACCCAACCCCCUCUCCUACGCUGUGGUCACUUUCUGCCAGUCCAACAACACAGUGUUUGAGGUCUCACUCAGCACAUUCAAUCAGAUACUGAUGGAGCUGAUGCUGACAAAGCCAGAUGAGAUGGCGACAGUGGCUGGGAUGGUUGUGUUGGUGUUCGAUGAGCUGCAGAAUCAGACCUCACUGUGGGACACUCUGCUAGCUGUUCCCCAACUCUUCUCUUCUGGCUCUGUUGACCAAAUGCUGAGCAGUGCCAAGGCAUUACUCACAGAUUUACAGAGUGCCUUACGUGUCAUCCAGACCAAUUUCCCAGAAGCUGAUGGCUCACUUUCCUCAGUGCAUCCACUGCUUGUUGCGGGCACCAACCUGCUCAGCUAUGUUCAAAACUGGCCUGGCAGAGGUGUGUCCAUUCCCCUUGGAGAGGUUGUCGUGUUGAACAAUGACUCGCUAAGCGAAAUGCUGAAAAAUGUUCUACAGGUGCAGAUACCACUGGACAAGGCCCUCGCCCUGACUUUAGACAGAGAAAUGGUGCAUCGCUACUUGUGUGGCAACAACAGCAACCCUAUGUGGUUACAAGGAGCAUGCAGCACGGGCAUUAUGGAUAUGCUUCUGGGCUGGAUCAGCCCUGAACUGGUGGCUAAACAGGUUCUCCUGGCGUGGAGUAAGCAUGUUGCUCCUCAUGAUGUGUCCUUCGCUAAGGGGCUGCUGCACAGUCUGAUGGGAGGUUCAUCCCCAGGUGGACAGGGAGGCUCCAACAUCACAAGGGCCCGGCGUAGUGUAGAUACACAACCACAAAACACUGAGGAGGAACUGUUCCUGGAGGUCGGUCGAGUGGUGAUGGAGAUUGUAAAAAUUGUGCCUGAGUUGGAUAUGGUUGUCCAGGGCAUCCUCAGAGCUGGAUUUCAGUCCAUGAAUACAGCAACAUUGACCCUUGACACUGUCGAAGAAAUGAUGAUAAAUGUCCUGAAAGAUGCACACCAACUCCAAUGGACUUAUCUAACAUUGCUUACCAACCAGUCUGAGGCAAGCAUGUGGGUUGCCCAUGUGCUGGACAGUAUGAUGGAAGUAAUUAUGAAGCUGACAUCUGAGCAUUUGACCUGUGAGGGUGUCCUCGGUCCUUUCGAGUGGCUCUUGAACACAGACAGCAUAAAGAUCGAGGUGUGGAGAUCAGCGAUUUGCCAGAACAGCUCCUCUCUGCAGCAAGCCCUGCUGAUGGACUGGCAGCCAGUGGUUCAGAAGGCACAAGAAUUGUACAGCACCAUCACAGGCCAAGCAGAAUACAAUGUGACACUUCCCAUGAUUCUCUCUGAGUGGCACGAGUUGUACAAUAAAAGUCUGCAGUUCGGAACAUUUUUGGAAAGACUGCCCACGGAGCUGGGUGGAGCAUACUGGAUGAACUGGAUGCCAGGCAACACUACCCAAGAUGUUGGCGUGACUCUUCAACAAAGUAUUCUCUUUUCCAUGGUGAAUUUUGGAGAAAUGCUUGAGAGGAGUCAGCUGUGGCCUGGAGUAAAGGACUAUUUCCACAUGAUUUUCUGGAUUUUGAACUACAGGCCUGGUGUCACAACUCAGCAAGCAAAUUGUUCCGCUGACAUACACAGCUUAGCCAUCCAUUGCAAUACAGGUUUGAACUGGCCCCAGUUUGUUCAAGCAAUGACUCAGGCUCUAAUGUCACCAAACCAAGACGUCCUGGUGAACUGUCUCAAAGGAACUGUGAAUCUGUUGCAGCAUGUGUACGGUGACUUCUAUAAACAAUGGGCAGGAUCAUAUUUGAAACAAGAAAUCCAAGGUGGAGAUGCGCUCUCUACCUACCUGAUUAACUUGAUGCAUAACCUGGAUGGCUUUGUCCAGACAAUCUCCGUGCUUCCUGACCAAAACAUCUCUAACCCUGAUGUCAUGCUUCCCCUCGUUGGUAACCUGUUACAGUCCACAGGUCUGGCACCACUGCUGCCCCUGCUCGUCAGUGAGGGACCCCUCAAUGUCUCCACAGUGCUUCAUUUUGCCUCCAAGGUUGGCAGGCUCAACCAGAACAUUUUUACCUUCAAUGAGACAGAUCCAACAUUGCCUGAACUGGAACGGCUGAUUAUGCAGUUCCUCUCCUUUGAGGGUAACCUCACUCUGUCGCUCUCUCACAUCAUGGGACACACUCUGCUUACCUAUUCAAACUACUUCCAUCCUGAAGAUGUGGCCCGUCUCAGAGAAGCCAUCCAGCCUUUCACCAACCAGACAUCAGCUGGCUUUGUAGAAGCCAUCCUCAGUGCCAUUGAGCUACUGACGGAGGUAAUGGAUGCCCCAAAUUGUGACCCAACUGACAUCAUUCUUGGGUAUAUACACCAGCUUCAACAAUUUGUGAUGUCUCUGUAUAGGCUGCAAAAAAUCCAACAUUUCCCUUUACCAAAUGGAGAGCUGAGUGCAGCACAAGUCACUGACCUCCACAUGCUUUCCAAGGACUUUCUCAGCCUCUUCACCCCAGAAAGCCUUCAGAACUUGACUCAGGCUGGAUCAGAGGCAGCCCAGAACAUUGUUAUACAGAAAUUUGUGGCACUGCUACCAACUGAGGUCCAACAGGAAGCUGCUCGCUUUUUCCAGGAUUUCAAAGCUCUGCAGUAUCAGCUGGCUGAAUGUCCAGGCCAGAACUGUUUGGCUGGUUUCUCAGAAUUGUUCAAAUUCCUGGAUCAGAUAUUGGACAUGAUGCUUUCAGCCAAUGGGAAUGUCACCAUCACAAUUGCUGCAAACAACUUUGUUUUAGGGGGAAGAGAAUAUGAGGAAAUUGCAUCCACAUUUUUCUCACUCCUCCUGUCCCCAAGGGAUGCUGCCUAUGUGCAAACAUUCAAACAGACUCUUUAUUUCAUCAGGCUGAUCAUGGCUACACCAAAUAUCACUGUGUCUGAUGUCCAAAAUGCUCUGGGACAGUCAAACCUAACCCUCGAGGAGCUCAACAACAUUGCUGCACUAGCUGGAGCUGCCAACAUAAAUGACCUGUUGGUAAAUAUAAUGGAGAUCGUCAAUGCUCGCCAGUGUUUUGAGCCACAGCAUAACCCGAUGGUGACGUCCCAGUGUGUUAUGGGAUUGAUAAACGGGGUGAGCGGUUUUCUGACACACCUACCUGCUCUCUGUAAUGAAACCGCCAUCCUCUCAUUCAUCCCAUUUAUUGUCAAUAAGACCAUCAAUGACAUCGUUCAAGUUGACUUCAGCUCCGAUCCCACCAUGGCUCUUGUACACACUCUGAACAUUACCCUGGCCAAUGUCAAGAUGAGCCUCCAGCAGAACAACCUGAACACUCCCGAGAUCAUGAAUGAAAUCAGAGUACUGGAGGGUCUGAUACAACUAGCUGCCAACCUGGAGCCAUUUAACAAUUUCAACACCACACUGACUAUGAACCCCAUGCAUGCUCAGAUAGUAUAUCUGGAGAUGAUAAAUUGGUACCUGAAAAGGGUGGUAAAUAUAACCAGCACCAGCUCAGCCUCGCUCCUCCAGCACUUUUUCUAUCUCACGCAAAUGCAAAUCACACUGCAGUUGGCACAGACAAAUUUUUCCUUAUACGUGAGCAACCAGGUUGAGUUCCUGAUGAACAACCUCCAGUACCCAAUAGAUGGUGCAGGGAUUAGCAUAAUUGGCCAGACCACAGUGGGGAUUCUCCAGCGUCUAUCUGACUUCAUAAUGCUCAACCUAGAGGCUCAGAAUGUCCCAGGUGCUCUGCCACUCUUCAACACAACCAUACUGCAAGCCACAAAGUUUCAAAUUAAGCUAUACUUGGACCUCAUACAGAAGUGGAUGAAACAACCCAGUGUCCCUAUGGUCUUCACUAGUAUGCUCCAAUGGGGAGACCCCUUCCUGAAUGUGUCCACGCCGGUGACAGACCUUCAUCGCCUGCUGCAGACGAUGGCUACUAUUCUCAGUGAUGAUCAACUGGCCUACCUCUCCAUCAUUGGCAAUAUCACCCAUUCGCUGAGCAACGCCUUAAUAGUGGCAGAGCAACCAGGUGGCCUGCAGAGUGACCAUUUCUUAGCUGCCAUCUUGGAAGCAGUCCAAACUGCUAUGCAGGCUCUGACCGAAGGCACAACCCCCUUGCCACUCUCUGUACAGCAGAACAUCCUGGAAAUUGUGCAGGACUCAAUUAAGCUCAUUGUCCAACCAGACAUGAGUUUUGCCUCAUCACGUAACAUCUCCCUUGACAUCCUUAAGAAGGCUGAGAGCGUCAUCCAACAGACAGUACCAGAAAUGUUCGCUGAAUACCUGCUUUCCGGACUCAGAUUAGCAACCACAUAUUUUGAAACGAUCUCCCUAGCUAGUGGACCUGACGUUUGGAAUCAACUAAUUUUGAAUGAGAUGAAGACAGUCCAGAGCCUCCUGCCGCCAAACAGCACAGCUUCUGCCUCCAUCUCUGCCCUCAUUAACAUCGCUCAGUUCAUUUUGGAGUCUGGCCAAGGCAACAUGAGUCUCUGGGCAAGUUUUGAGAGCACAUCAGCGGAAAAUUUGUCCAUAAUUUUUGGCCAGAUGGGCAAACUCUUGAGCACACUGUGGCCACUUUUCAUGGGAGGCCCAGACUCACAUACAACUGCUCCACCUCUGGAAAGCUUUGGUCAUCUUGCUCCAGUCCUGGAGCAGCUGUUGACAGAGAAGGCAGACCAAGAAACAUGGGACAAACUUGAAAGGAUGGUAAAAGCCCUACUGUCAACAUUCAAAGGAACAGAGCUGUGGGACAGUAUCCCCUCUGUUAUCCCACUGUUUGAAAAAGUCAUAGGAAGUAUGGUGAGCCAAAUACAAGCAGAGAACGAGAUGAUACUAAACCUUCAGCAGCCUGUGGUGACCCUCAUGAGGGAAAUCGCACAGUCUGUGAAUACCAGUCAUUUUAACUUGUCUGAUGUCUCGGAAAGAAUGCAACUUGCCAUUGAACGCACCGUGCAGGCGGCUGAGCAGGCUAAUGGUACACUGGAGUGCAGUGACAUUGUCAGAACAUGGGAGCCGGUAAGAGAGGCAGCAGGGUUAAGCCACUCUGCCUUAACUGCGUGGUGCAACAUCAACCUGCAGCCUAUUUUAGAGGCUUACAAUGAAGGCGCUAACGUCUAUGCCAACCUGAACAUGAGUUACAUGGGUGUGGGACCAAUGACUGUGAACGCCACAGCUGCCCGGAUUGUCGAGGCCGUACAGUCUCUCUACCAAGUCAGCAUCAACCACACACUUGUGACACAGCAGCUCAUCAUGACCUUCUCCAGCCAGCUCUAUGUGCUCACAGGCCAGCCCCUGAGCCCUGAAGCACAGCUUCACUGGUACAGCCAGCUCCAGAACAUGCAGUUGCAAAACAGUUUGUCUUCCAUCAAAUUGCUCUCAAAUGAGCUGCUCAGCAUGGCCCCAUUUCUCCAGCCUUACAUCAAAGCUAUAGAGAAAGCGCUGUGUCACAUCCUGGACAACUACCAUCUCGUUCAAGACCACAACCCGCCCCAGAACCUCUUUGGAGAAGCAGCGAUGAUCUUCCUAUCUUCUGCAAACAUCACUACGGACGACAUGUCCUAUAUGAUGUGGGGAAAUGUUUCUGGUCUCAAUGAAGCGCUUGUCACUGGCAUGAUCAGGGAAGCUAUGAAACUGAUGAUCGACAUGAGGGUAUUUGGCAAUGAGCCUAUGCUUUACCAUGCACUGGAGCAGUUUCUGGCAUCCAACAACACAAGCUUGAUUGUGCAGAAGUUGAAUGAGAUGUCUGCAUGGUUGGCCACCACUCAGGCGUCUGGACUGGACCUGCUGAGUCAGGCUCUCCCUAAAAUCUACGACAUCAUCAGGCCGUUCUUGUCUGCUUUUCUGAGAAUGGACACGCCGGGAUUGGUGGAGCUGUUGGAAGACCUAGCUGGAAACAUAAUUGCAAUGCUGAGGCAGAUGGUCAGCACCAGUGAUCUUCUAGCCCCUAUGGACCACUAUCUGAGAAUGGUUCAGGAGCAAAUGACAGGCAGUAACUAUAUGAUGAAGGGCCGGCGCAGACGAGAGGCUCCGCUGAUGGCGAUGAGGGACCCCAUGGAUGACUUCAUAGACCUGUUCUACAUUGACUACCCUGCCAUGUUCAGAGCCAUCUCAGUCCCUCCUACCACAGCAGAAAUGAUGUCGACAGCCCAUGUGCUCUUUGCCAAUCCUGACCUGAAUGUUGUGGUGAAGGGUGCUACAAGCAACAUGCUGUGGGGCUUGAAUGCCUCGCGGGAAGAGACCAUUGAUGCUGCACUUGGGGUGCUCUCCUUCCUCACUCUCCCUGAUGCAUUUCAGACGUCGUCAAUGAAUCUCCUGAUGAAAGCUGCUGACAUGCUUCCUGAUGGAUUUCCAUUUUCCUCUGUGUUAAAGAAUGCCACCCGAGUGCUUGCCAAUGAAUCUCAAGAGAACCUGAUGCUCAUGCAACAGACCUGCGACACCGCCGCUCAGCUCCUCCAGAUCAGCCUGACAGACCCCCAGUUCACAUUGCAUCUUGACCGCCUGAAAAGCCAGGUCUGCACCUUGGAGAAAACGGAGUCUGUGCGUCUGUUGAUGUGGACCCUCUCCAUGGAGCCUGGUCAGCUGUGUCACACUUUAAUGCCCAGCCUGCAGUUCUUGGUUGACAGUCUGAUGAUGAACACAACCUCUCUGGUCGAUGCGUUCUUCCAGGCCAUCAUCGGAGACCCUAGCUCCUACAAUGUCCGGUCAAACUGGACCUCUGUGUUGACUCAAGGUUUGGGCUUUAACACCAGCAGCCUGAGCUCACUUAAAGUCAACAUCACCACUCCAGGAGUGGUGACAGUCGGUGAGAUGCUGAGGAACAAAACUGCCUUCAUUGCGGAUGUUCAGCAACGCAUGGCUUUUGAUCCGGCUGCUCUCAACCUCCUGCUGGAAACCACUCUGCCGAACAACAAUUUAAUGAUCCUGUCCUGGUUGGUCAACCUGCGUCACUGCAACUCCACAGCAUCCUGGGAGAUGAAAGGGUCUGACUUGCUCAUCUUAAAGGCCUUCUGUUCCAUGUCUGUUGAGCAGUGGUACAGCUUCUCACUGCUGAUGGCUCGCCAUCUCAACGUGGAGAAACUCAUUUACAGAAUGGUGUUGUCCGAGGACAUGCAGAGCUUGGUGGGAGUUAUGCUUCAGGUGGCUGAGGCUCUCACCAGCAUGAUGAACACGUUUCUUCCUGCCAUUAAUCAGCUGCAAAGCUACCUGUUGUCCAUCGAUGACCUCAACCUGGUGGCCAACAAUGAAUUUAAUGAAAUGACGAGAGGACAGAGGACCAGCAUCUCUAGCAAAGCCACAUUUGUCACCCUCUCUCGAGCACUGUGCAGUAACGGCAUCCUGGCUCUGUUUGGAAUCUCCAAACUCCACAUCGUGUCGGAGUCAACCUCCUCUUUCGACAACCAACAGAGAGAGGAGAUGAUUGAGAGGUUCAAGAUCCCGCCAAGUGCCUCUCCCUUCUGUAUGAACAUGUACCUGGACAUGGUCAACACCACAGGUGGAGCCAUUGCCUGGGCCUUCCUCAAACCAAUGCUGAUGGGACAAAUUCUGUACACCCCUGACACACCUGUCACCAGGGCCAUAAUGGAGAAGGCCAAUGCGACCUUGCAGGAUUUUGCAAAUCUGAGGAAGUAUUCCGAAGAAUGGAUUCAAUCAUCCAGCUACAUCAUAAACUCUGCCCAGAUACUCAGCCACACUUUGCCAAUGCUGCAGAAUUCCCUUGGCAAUUCCUUUGUGAAGAACUUCAUUGAGAUGCAGACAGACAUCGAUGUCGGCAAAAUGAAGGAGACGCUCAGCAGCUUCUCUAACAUGACGGACAUGCUGGAGAAGAACAAGCACAUCCUGAAACAGAUCACUACCUUGUCCACCCUCAUGGUGGACCUCUCCUCCUGCAUCAAGUUCGACCGCUACCGUGGCUAUGACUCUGUUGAAGAGCUGGAUGCCGUAGCUCAUGACCUUGCCAGAAACCGUGAUCUCUAUGCAAGUGUCAUCUUCAAGCUUCCAAAAGACAAGGACUCAUCCAGGAAACGUCAGGCCAGAUCCUCCGCCUCCACCUCCUCUCUGCCUCCUAAAGUCAGCUACACUAUCCGCAUGCAUAUGGACAACGUCAUGCGUACAGACAGAGUCCGGGACCCUUACUUUGUAAAGGACACGCACAUCUCGGCCAGCCACACGCUGCGCUACAACCGGGGCUUCAUCUACCUGCAGGAGAACAUCGAUCGGGCUAUCAUCGAGACCCAGACUGGACAGAGAGUCACAGAGCCAGCCGUCCAGCUGCAGCCCUUCCCCUAUCCAUGUCAUCUGCGGGAUGAGUACCUGGAGGCCAUCUCUUUUGUCUUCCCACUCAUGCUGAUGAUGGCCUGGGUGCUGUUUGUGGCGGAUUUUGUGAAGAAACUGGUGCAUGAGAGAGAGCUGAGGCUGCAUGAGUACAUGAAAAUGAUGGGAGUCAACCCACUCAGUCACUUCUUCGCUUGGUUCCUGGAGUGCGCCGCCUACCUCGUGUUCACCAUCUUCAUCCUCACGCUGGUGCUGAAGUACGGCCACAUCCUGCCCAACAGUGAUGGCUUCCUCCUCUUCUUGUAUCUCUGCGACUAUGGUUUCAGCAUCCUGGCCUUCAGUUACCUGAUCAGCUCCUUCUUUGACAACACCUACAUUGCCGGUCUCAGCGGCAGCCUGAUUUACAUCCUCUGCUUCUUCCCCUUCAUUGUGGUCAUGGCCGUGGAGACGUCUCUCACCUUUGCCCAGAAGAGCGCCCUGAGUUUGUUUUCCCCGACGUGUUUCAGUUAUGCCAGUCAAUAUAUCUCUCGCUACGAGGCCCAAGGAGAAGGCAUUAAUUGGAACAAUUGCUACACAUCGCCCAUUGCUGGAGACACAUCUUCGUUUGGUUGGCUGUGCUGGCUGAUGGUCAUCGACUCCAUCCUCUACUUCAUCACUGGGGCUUACAUCCGCAUGGUCUUCCCAGGAAAGUAUGGCAUCCCUGCCCCAUGGUACUUCCCUUUCAGAGCAUCCUUCUGGGCUGACCUGUGCUGCUGCAUUAGGUCAAACAGUAAGGUGGGCAGAGGACUCCUCUUCACCAACAUCAUGCAGAAAAACCACCCUGUCUUCUUCGAUGACAAGGGGAAAGGCCAGAGCACUUUUUCCUCUCAGGCUGGUGAAGACUUCUCUGAGCUCCCAGUGGGCGUUGCCCUCCAUGGUCUCAGCAAGAUCUAUGGUGACCGGGUGGCUAUUGAAAACCUUAAUGUGUCCUUCUACGAGGGACAUGUCACCUCACUGCUUGGGCACAAUGGAGCUGGCAAGACUACCACCAUGUCUCUCUUGACUGGACUUUUCGCCCCAUCUUCGGGCUCCAUUGAAGUCUACGGCAGAGACAUGCAGAGCAACAUCGAUGAUGUCCGCAAAGAGCUGGGAGUGUGCAUGCAGUAUGACGUCCUCUUUGACCACAUGACCACCGAGGAGCACCUGAUGCUGUAUGGCCAGAUCAAGGCCCCGCACUGGUCACACAGGGAACUGUGUGAACAAGUCUGCACGAUCUUAGAGGAGACGGGCAUGUACGUUCACAGACACAAACGGGUGGGCACCCUGUCGGGCGGCAUGAAGCGCAAGCUGUCAAUCUCCAUCGCCUUCAUAGGGGGCUCUCGCUUGGUGGUUCUGGAUGAACCCACCACAGGGGUCGAUCCCUGCUCCAGGCGUAACAUCUGGGACAUUGUUAUCCAGCACAAGAAAAAUCGAACCAUCAUCAUGUCCACCCACCACCUGGAUGAAGCUGAAGUACUGAGCGACCGCAUCGCCUUCCUAGAGAGAGGAGGAAUAAAAUGCUGCGGGUCGCCCUUCCGUUUGAAAGACAAACUGGGUCAGGGCUACAAACUCACUCUCACCAAGAAGAUACUGGAGCCUGAAUCCGAGCAGAUUGACAACGCUGAACUGAAAUCCUUCAUCCAAGCUCAUGUCCCUGAAGCUCGACUGAAAGAGGCCCUCGGGGGCGACCUUGUCUACUCGCUGCCUCCCUUCAGCUCUUCUAACGCCUCCUCAUAUCGCUCCCUCCUGACCGCGCUUGACGCCAACCUGGAAGCCCUGCAGCUGGGGGGCUAUGGCAUCUCUGACACCACCCUAGAGGAGGUCUUCCUCCAGAUGACUCAUGGCGGUGCAGGAGGGGAGGCUGCAGACGGCCCCCUGUCCAUCUCAGAGACGAUUUCUGACAGUGGAUCCAUCGACAGUUUCCCUCCAGACAUCAGCGGAAGCAUCCCCGGCUUUGGUGACAAGAUCAAGCUUACCAGUUCGUCCAUGGUGUGUGGCAUGUCCCUGGCCUGGCAGCAGAUGGCCGCCAUACUGAUCAAGAGGUUCCACCACAGCCGCAGAGACUGGAAGGGCCUGAUCUCACAGAUCCUGCUUCCGGUUCUGUUUGUGUUGUGUGCUAUGGGCCUUGGCUCCAUAAAGAAUGACCUGCGACACUAUCCCGAGCUGGAGCUGAGCCCUGCGCUUUACAAAUUUGGACCAAGCUACUCUUUCUUCAGUAACCAAAAUCCCAACUCUAGCCACCUGAUGGACACCAUGAUGUCUUUCCCUGGGAUCGAUAACGCGUGCCUCGACAAGUCCGACAGCCUGUCCUGCACAACAAACACAAACAAGUGGAGCUCUAAAGGGAAUGGCUCAAAAGCAUUUAAUGUCUGUAAAUGCACCAAUCAGGAACAGAUUUGUGAUGGGGAUGGCUUCGAGCCCCCCCAUAAGAAGAUUCCUUCAUCUCAGAUUGUGUAUAACCUGAGUGGCCUCAAUGUGGAGAACUACCUUGUGGCCACAGCAAAUGACUUCAUCAGGAACAGGUAUGGUGGCUUCUCUUUUGGCAUGCCGCUGCCUCCUGACUUACAAAUGGACCUAACAGCUGUGCCUAAAAACCGUACUCUGUCAAAGGUCUGGUUCAACCCUGAGGGUCAUCACACAAUGCCAGCAUACUUAAACAGCCUCAGCAACUUGAUCCUACGCUCCAAUCUUCCAGCAGACAGGGAUCCACGCAAAUAUGCCAUUUCUGUUUCCAGUCACCCAUACUUCGGCCGGGCGGAUGAUGAAGAUACGAUUGUCCAGGGAAUGCUCCAGAUCCUGGUGGCUAUAUGUGUGUUGACGGGUUAUUCAAUCACAACAGCCAGCUUCGCGGUCUAUGAAGUCAGCGAGCACCACAGCGGCUCCAAGAGGCUCCAACACAUCGCGGGCAUCAGCGAGCCCUUCUACUGGACUGUGAACUUCUUUUAUGACAUGGUCAUGUAUCUGAUCCCGGUGACCUUGACUGUUGCUGUGAUCGCAGCCUUCCAGAUUCCAGCAUUCACAGAUCGGCAAAACCUGGGUGCCAUCACCCUGCUUCUGGUGCUCUUCGGGUUUGCUACCUUCCCCUGGAUGUAUCUGCUAUCAGGUGUCUUCAAGGAUGCAGAGAUGGCCUUCAUCUCCUUUGUGUGCAUCAACCUCUUCAUCAGUGUCAACACCAUCCUGUCCACCUCCAUUCUGUACUUCCUGGGUCAGAUUUCAUUGCUCAACCCUGAGCUCAUUCGGGACAUCUUCAAAAAGCUGAGCCAUGCCUUCCUAGUCUUCCCCCAGUUCAGCUUUGGGAAUGGCAUGAUGCAGCUGGCCAGAAUGAACAUAGAGGUCCAGAUCCUCAGUGGCUAUGGCAUUGACGCCUACAAGAACCCAUUCUCCCUCGAUGCCCUGGGCUGGAUGUUCAUCUCCUCCUUCCUCCAAGGCCUGGUCUUCUUCACCCUGCGCCUUCUGCUCAACAAGUUUCUCUUACGCAAAGUCAGGCACCUCAUUUGUGGCAGAAAAACUUUGCCCCAGGUGGCCGUUGAGGAUGAAGAUGACGAUGUGGCAGCUGAGCGCUUAAGGGUGUCCAGUGGAGCAGCCAGCUCAGACAUACUGCAGGUCAACCAGCUCACUAAGAUCUAUCAACACCUCAAGAAGAAGGUCUAUGCUGUCAAGAGGCUGUCUGUGGGCAUCCCUGCGGGAGAGUGCUUUGGUCUGCUGGGAGUGAACGGAGCAGGAAAAACUACCACCUUCAAGAUGCUGACUGGAGAUGUUAGCCCCACUGACGGCACAGCACAGAUCAGGGACAGGGAUGGGCGGUUGGUAGACAUCAUGGAGUGCCGUAACAAGGGAAUUAACAUCGGCUACUGUCCCCAGGUGGAUGCACUGGACAAUCUGCUCACUGGAGAAGAGCACUUGUACUUCUACGGUCGCAUUCGAGGCAUCUCAAAAAGGGACCUAGACGGGGUGGUGAAGUACCUACUGAACAGGCUGGAGCUGGACUACCACAGAAAAAUCAUUACUGACGGUUACAGUUGCGGCACUCGCAGGAAGUUGUCCACUGCGCUGGCUCUCAUUGGGAAUCCUCAAAUCCUGCUCCUGGAUGAGCCAAGCUCUGGCAUGGACCCUCGCACCAAGCGUCACCUGUGGAAAAUCAUCUCUGAAGAAGUGAAAGGAAAAUGUGCUGUGGUCCUCACUUCUCACAGCAUGGAGGAGUGUGAGGCACUGUGCAGCCGUCUUGCCAUCAUGGUGAAAGGAAAGUUCCAAUGCCUGGGCUCCCUGCAGCACAUUAAGAACAGGUUUGGCAGCGGGUUCACUGUGAAGAUGUACUUGGCUGAGGCCUCCCGUGGCACAGAGGCUAUCACUGGCUUCAUGCAGCGCAGAUUCCCCAGCACUUAUCUCAAGGACCAGCACUCCACUGUGGUGGAGUACCACGUACCAGUUGCUCCAGGAGGGGUGGCUGACAUCUUUGACCAGCUGGAGUCCAACAAGAAUGCUCUGCAGAUCAAACACUUCUCUGUGAGCCAGACCACACUCGAUGAGGUCUUCAUCAACUUUGCCAUGGGGAAUUCUGGCAUGGAAAACAUACCAAUUCACAACGAAGAUGGCAGUGAUGACCUUGGCUCCAUUAAGGCAGUAGAAGCAUAGGACUGACAUAUUUUCUUUGCCAUUUUGUUUGUGUCCACGAUGAAAUGAAGCACAGAAUCUGUUUAUAGUGAAUCUACCCUUAAUCUACUCGUUAUAUGUGAAAGAAUAAGAGUAUAAACCGUUCCUGCUAUAAAAAUAUUGAUUAUUUCUUGUACAUGUCUUGACUAUCAUAUGUAGGUUAACUUACAUGUCUGUCCUUUCCAUAUGAAGCUAUUUAUGGAAAGCAAAAGAGCAAAUGCACAUUUGCAUACAUGCACAGAUGGAAAAAGGUAAAUUGAAGUUGUUGUUUAUUCACUUUUUUUUUUACUACCUUACAGGUCUGUUUACCUGUAAUCAUCCAGCAAGGAAUAAAUUCAUUGAGUAGUCUAUUAAUUUCUCUCUCUGUGGUUAGGGCACUGUUUUAUUAUCAUAGCAUAGUCAUGAUUUUACCUGAUCUGAAAUCAUUCAUCUGAGAAAAGAGGUUAUUUUUUUAAUACAAUGUACAUGCAAUUGUGUAUACUAGAUGACACUAGAGAAAGGACAGUACACUUAGAAGGAGAUCCACAAUAUGCUCAUUCCCCCUACUCUAACACAUCCUUGAAGGGCAUACCUAUCUUUUAGAGUGCAACUGAGUAUACUGGAUAUUUAAAGGGGCUCUUUCCUGCUUAUGACCUGUUCCAGAUGUCUUAAAUGUAUCUAUGCCAUUUUUAUUCUAAUAAAGCUAUUUUUCAAAAGCAACUUC